AGGGAGAUAUGAUAUAUUCACGCCAUGCACAUACGAUGGGUUUGUGUUCGUUGUUGGCGAUUCCCAUCUCAGAACUUUUGCUGAUGGAGUUGUGAACAUGCCAGAGGGUCGGCUGUCCUUUGGUUUUAUGGCCACACCUGGAGGAGAUGCAACAGCAUUGCGUUUGGAGAUCACCCAUCUUGGUGAUACUCCACGUACUCCGGAUGCAGUGUGUCUGCUUGCCCCAGGGAACAACAUGACCUCAAGUCGCACUAUUGAGGAGGCUGCCAGGGCCUUUGGGACUCUCCUCAGUGUUGCAUUGCACUGGCCAAACAAGUACCAGCUUCUGCUAAAGCAGGAAUAUCACCGAGUUGCAGCAAAGAUGGGGGUGCGGUACUUCUCAACAAACAAUGUUUUCCAGCCAUCCAAAAGGCAUCUGUGGUGUCAGGAUCUGGUACACCUAAGUGAUGACGAAGAUAUGCCUCUCCUUGCGGACUUCAUUUGGAACACUUCAUACAGCAUCCUGCACAUUCCUGUCAAUCCUGUGCCACUUAGAGUGCAUCCUACACUCAAAUGAUGCUUCCACAAAAACAAGAAGGAGCAUGGUACUUCAUCACAGCCACAGUGUGUUGAUCGAUCUCAACGCUCAGCAACAUCCUAUCGGCCCUUUCCAGCUGUUAAAAUGAAGUAUGUCGACCAUGACCAAUGGACGCAUCUGGUCCCUACUGUUCCAGAUGUGAGGAUUCAGGUCCGGGACCGGCGUCAUUGUAUACGUCAGCAUGCUGCCAAAGGACUGUUUGUUGACAUACAGCAACAAAUUGUCAAUGGGGGUAGGAUGGAACGCAUCUUUGACACAUACGUCCUAUGUUACCCUUUGGCCUACCGCCAGAACGCCAAGCCUGUCCAUGACCCAGCACCUCAGUCCGUGGCUGAGAAGAAAUCCCUGCACAUCAAAAAGCUAAGUGCUGUUGGUUCAGGGCAUGUGGGUCGUAGGCCUUUGGUAGUAGUUGACAGGGUCAAAGAAGUUGUAGGACAGGAAGAUGUUAGGGAUAAGGUAGUAAGGAGGAGAAAGAUGGGAAACAUAAACACCAGUGUUACACAGAUAGAACAGAAGCAGGAGUUGCCUACUGAGAGAGCACUGAAACAGGAGUUGGCUAGUCAAAUAGUAUAGAAACAGAAGUUUGGUAGGGAUGAAGGAAGUGUUGCUGGUCAGGGGCAAGGGGGUCACAUGCUUUCAGAAGUAGGCAAAGGGCUUCAGGAUACACAACACAUACACGGGGUAUAUAGCUGGAUGAUGGUAUCUAAUUUCUGUGUUCCCUUCCAGCCCACUUUUGAAUGUCCCAAUAAGUUUAGUAUUGCAGAAGUGCGUGAUGACAACACAUUGCCAAUAGCUUGUGAGCCAAAUGGGGUGAAAUCAUUGGCAAGUAAGACACCAAAUACACAGGACAACAAAGGGGGAUGCCUUCUGUGCAUGACACAAGUGGGGGAGAUUCAGGCCAUAACAGUGUGCUUACAGACAGUAGCUCAUACUGAUAUUGAAAACAAACAAAAGGAAAUAAACAGCAGACCAGCUGCAGUACUUGCCAUAAGAAAGGGCAAGAACCACAUAAGAGGAGGUAUUUCAGACGGCAAUUAGCAUAGCAGAGCAGCAUGGUAUCCAACUUAGAAGUAGCAAUCCAAACAAGGCCAAUGGUAAUUGCUUGUAUGAAUCCAUUAUUGAUAACAUAAAUGCAAGAGAAUGUUUUGCAGAACAUUUGACAGAAAGGCCUGAGCACUAUAGAAAGGUCUGGAAUACUGUAGGUGAACAGAAAAUUAAGGCAUCUACAUACUAUCCAAACAUAUAUACAGAACAGCAGUGGAGAGAAGCAUGGCAAAUUUUGCAAACAACUAACCAAUAUGACCUAGACUAUUUUGGUGAUAUGGCUAUCCUUAGUUGUGCUCAUACUACUAAGAAAGAUAUCCUUGUUUUCAACACACCUUGGAAAACAACGACUGCUCAAUCUCAUAGUCCAAUAUAUGUAAUAUCUGCAGAUGCAAUAGAUCCAGCAAAUGCAAGAGAUACUCAUGUUCCAUUGGUGUUGGCAUACAAUGGCCAUCAUUUUGAAAGCCUCAUUCCUGUUUCUAAUGUUGAUGUUGACAAAACAAUUGUUUUGGUGGAUGCAUACAAGACUGGCACGUAUAAGACUCCUAGGUCUUUAGCACAAAUGUUUGAGCUCAUUGGAAAUGAUUUACACAACACAGAAAGAGAUUGUCCCAUAACAAAUAAAACCAUAUGUACACAGACCACAGAAAACCAGAAAAGAACAGAGCUUGCAGCUACCACCAUUAAUGUCCAGAUUCAAAAUUACGCUCCUAAAUCCAAGAAUUUAGAUGAAGGCAAUAAUACCAGUGAUACCGUAGCAAUAACUUUGCCAGAUGUAUGCAACAGCUGUCAAAAGCCAUUUCAAAGGCUGCUGGUACAUUUGCGCAGGUCAAAACAAUGUCAAUUACAUUACAACAUGCAAUCUUUGUAUCAAGAAGUAAUUGUGAAACACACAGACCAAAAACCUGUAUGGCAAGCUGCCAAACGUCAAAAAAUGCAAAAACAUAAGCAAACUGAGGUCAUCGUAGGCCUAAACCAUGUUGAACAACAACCUCUACCAUGUCAGAAAGAGAAAGAGUCCACUCCAAUUGAAGCCAGUGCAAUACACAUGAAAGUUACAAGGAAAAGACAGUUGCAGGGUAAUUCUGUAGAUGUCACAGGAAAAAAUGUUUCACCAUGUAAUGUAAAUAAAAACACAGAAAGAGAUUGUCCCAGAACAAAUGACACAAUAUGUAAGCAGGCCAAAGAAAAUCAGAAAAGAACAGAUCUUGCAGCUAUCACCAGUAAUCUCCAGAUUCAAAAUAUAGGUCCUAAAUCCCACAAUUUACAUGAAGCCAAUAAUACCAGUGAUACCCUAACAAUAACUUCCCUAGAUAUAUGCAAGGGCUGUCAAAAGCCAUUUCAAAGGUUGAUAGUACAUUUGAACAGAUCAAAACAAUAUCAAUUACAUUACGACAUGAAAUCUAAGAGCAAUCCAACAAUGCUUAAUCCAAAUGCAGAUGAAGUUGUUUUUUUCAAUGAAAUGGAAAGCCCAUGUCUCACAUUCUCUCCUUUCACUAUGGAGCAAAAAAAAAACCACUUUGUUCAAAAAUUAACAUCAUCCACAACCUGAAUAUGUUGAUACACAAGAACCAGUUCCAAUGAAUGUCCCAAUGAAAGAUCCUUGUGAGACAAAGGCUAUUGUAGGUGAUGGUAACUGCUUUUUCAGAGCUCUGUCAUUUUCCAUUAGUGGAAGUGAAGGUCAUCACAGAAAAAUCCGACUAGCUGUGGUUAAACAUAUGGAAACAAAUGCAUCACAGCAUGCUCCUAUUCUCAAAGAUUGAUAUUUUUCUGUUGAAAACUAUGUGAAAGCAUCACGCAUGAAAUAUGUUAAAACUUGGGCAUCUGAGGUGAAAUACAAGCAGCUGCAGAUCUCUUUGGAGUUGAUGUUUUAACAUACAGUCGCAACAAGUGGUUCAAGUAUUCCACAGCAAAUGGAAAGACAAUUCACACAGCUAUAUACCUAAUCACUGCAACGCGUCUCAUUACGAAGUAGUUACAUGCGUUAAGCAUCACAAUUCUGCCCUAUGCACUAAACUCUGCAACAAAUCCAAUGAAUGCCCUCAGUCACAUCAGAUAAGGAGUUCUUCAAGUCGACGUGAGCUUGACAGAAAAAACAAACAAUAUGAAAUAAACAAACAAUUCCAAAAUGCAAAAAAUAAAAUAGGAAUUAAAAGAUACAAUGAAGAUGAAAACUACAAGAAAACUGAAAAGAAGGCAGCAUAAACAAAUACGCCACUGAUGCCCAACACCGGACA